UGCCUUAAUUACAGGUGGCCGUAAAUAAAUAAUAUUCUCUGACCCAAGAAGAAGUCCACGGUGUCACCUUUUAUUCAUCUAGUUUCAAUUCCGGCUAUCGGCUGGGUUUCUUUUCCAUUUCAAUGGCUUCACGAAAUCGAAAGCUUCUUCUUCUCUUCUCAAUUCUUGUUGCUUUUCUCUCGUUCUCUGCCUCUGCUAGACCCUGCAAAACCCUCUUCAUCUCCUCCUACUCCUUCUCCAUCAAGCCCAUUUACCCUAACUCUCAUCACCCUUCCUCCUCCGGAUUCUUCACCAUCGUCACCGAAAUUACUCAACAACGUUCGUCCUCUGAGAUCCUCCUCGAUCGCCGGGUUUUCCCCACCGUUGAUGAUGAUGGUGAUGAUCAAGAUUCUCAACCCAAAGCUAUCCAAAAGCCGCAAGAAGCUCCUGUCUUGCCUUUUGGGCUUUCUUCCUAUGACAUGAGUUCUCUCCGUGAUCGCACCAAGGACAUUCUCAGUGUCGUGGUCGCUUUGCUUUUUGGCGUUGGUUGUGGCGCUCUUACCGCCGCUACCAUGUACUUGGUCUGGUCCCUCUUCUCUACCCGCUACGAUUACCGCUAUGAGGAAUUUGAUGGCGAGGAUGGAGAUGAAGAGGAUGAUCUUAGCGCUAAGAAGAUGGGUUAUGGUAAGAUCCCUGAAGCUGGUUCCAUGCCUAAGCAGGUUAAAGAGGCGGUAUGAGGAGGCUUUCCCUCUCAUAUAUAUAACGAGGAAAUUUAAUUUGUUGUUAGGGUUUCAAUCAACUGUUACCUCGUGUUGUUUAAUGCCGGUGGAUUAUCAUUGAACGGUUAAUGUUGCUUUCUGGUGUGUUAUUGUCGAGAAAAAGCCUAUGGCUUGUCUCUAUUGCUAUAUAUUAAUUGUCUUCUAAGUCUAAUAGAUUAACUUCUUUUGUGUCUUCA